CCUCUUCUUUAUUGAGAAAGAUAAUCUGCCCCACCACGUCAUACCAUCCACAUACAUUUCAGUCAGUCAGUAAUCAGCGCUACUCUUGUCUACUAAAUACUCAUUAACCUUAAAAAGCAAACACUCACUCACUCUCUCUCUUCCUCUUUCUCUUUUUCCUUUGCCACCAUUCGCGGGAAGGAACUCCAAAUCCAAGAAAUCAGCGGGCUUCUUCUUUCUUCCCCAGAUUGUCUUAAUCUUUGGAUGCAAGCUCACUAACUACUGGGAAAUUCUGGAAAUGGGCUGUUUGUAUUUGUGAAAGGGAAGGAAAAUAUGACUGGUAACUGAACAUUGAUGAGAUUGGCAAACAAAGCAUAAUCACAAAAUGGACAAGAGGCAACUAGAUUUCAAUGCACCACUUAUGUCUGCAAGGAGAUAUUCAUCACCUUCGAAAUCUUCCGAGCUAGCAAAACGGAAGGUGGUGGAGAGGCCACCGCCCUCCCGGCAGCAAUCUCUUCAACCUCCGAAACCCAAAUGGGAAUGUGAGGAGGUGACGAUGACAAAACCAGCUUCUGUUCCAUUUCACUGGGAACAUAUCCCGGGAAGGCCUAAAGGAGAAGCCGAGAGCCACUCACAUACCCCUGAGGAGUCAACCACACCGCGUCUUCCUCCAGCAAGGAUAUCAGAUGCCACGAGGCGCAGCUCAGGCGAAAUCCCAAAGCUUCCUCCUGGCCGGUUAUCUGGUCAUUCGAGAUACUGUUCUGGUGAAAGAACCAACGAUCAGAACGUUUACAGGUCCCAUGCUGAAGCAUUUUCUGUCACUGAUCAUGCCAGUCUAUUGGAGAGAUUGAAUGAUAGUUUGAACUGUAAAGACGAGUCGGAUUCAGAGAGUGGAGAUGAGGCGUAUUCAGAUGCACUCGACACACUCUCACUGACAGAGUCAUGGUCCUUCAAUUACAGUGUGAGUGGGAUCAGUGGCUACAUGAGUUCUGGUGUGAAGCCGUCUGGAACCUUUUCUGUAGACAAACAAACUCGAGAUUUCAUGAUGGAUAGGUUCCUGCCAGCAGCCAAGGCCGUUGUGGUGGAAACGCCUGAAUACGCUGUGAAGAAGCCGGUGAAGAAAGCAGUUUCUAGGGAAAUGAAGCCGUCACUCAAGCAAUAUAGUUCGGAUGCAUUACCGUAUUACACCAAGUAUAUCAAUAGCAUGGAGAGUGAAGACGAGGAUCAGGAGUCAGUUGCUCCUCCGAGUAAAAAGUCUGGGAAAGCUUGGGGGAUCAUCCCUCGAUUUUGUGUCAAGAAUUCGCUGUGCCUUCUGAAUCCUCUCCCUGCAUUGAAGUCGAAACCAAAGAGCCGGCCUCCCUCCCCUUCAACGCGUGAAGUGAAAAGAUUCACUAGAAAUGCACACAGUGGACCACUUGACAAGAAUGCUUCCCAGGUGGUACAAAAGACGAAAUUUCAUUCCGGAUUGCUGUCACGAGAUCUUCCAAGAAUCGACAAGUUUAGCAACCAGUAUCUCAACUCCGGUGAUGCACACAGAUCAGCAGGAGUGUCUCCAUUGGGGCACCAGCGAAGUGGCAACAUUUCUCCAUAUCGCAACGAAACCCCAAAGUCUCCAUUUCGCGAAGGAGCAGGGUUUCUUGGCGUCCCUAAAGAAGCCGAGAUUUUCAAUGCUAAACUUGCUUCAUCGCGCAAGAUGUUUAGGGCCCUGCAAGAUGUGUCGAGGAAUCAGAUAAACGCAGCCCCUGCAGACUAUCCUGUGGAGAAAACAGUGUACGUAGAUUACGUGAAGAAGAAAGAACUUCCCAGCACGAAUCCAUCUGCCAAAAGAGCUCAAGUUCUUGAUGCCUCCAAAGCCAACGGACUAAGUCCUAGAUUCAUACCUUCACCUAAGCCAGAAUGGAGAAAUGAAGCUCCUUGUGAAGCGGAAUUCAUGACGAAGGAAGAAGACGAUAAUGGAAGAAGAGAGACAGAUCCUCCUCCGAGAUCUCCUUUACCUCCACCACUCCCAAAAUCUCCAUCGGAAUCUUGGCUUUGGCGCACUCUGCCUUCCAUCCCACUAGGAAAUCCAUUUGCUAACUCGCGUCGAGGCAGCCCUCUUCACUCCAAGAAACUGCAGGGGCAGAAGGCCUCAGCCACUAACUCCAAAUGGGAGACCAUUGUAAAGACUUCCAACUCCCGUCACGAUCACAUCCGCUUCUCAGAGGAGCUCGUGCAUCGUGCUUCUUACAGGCGGCCGAUGAAGACGUAGGAAACCACGACGAGUGCUGAUUUGCAAGAUUUGGAAAGUGUCUUGGCUCGCAGAUUUGCAAGACCUUCCAGAUCAUACUAAUUUUAUUGAGGAAAUAUAUAUAUAUAUAUAUAUAUAUAUAUAUAUAUAGGGGAACACUAUUCUCCUUUUCCACUCUAAGAUCCUUUUCUCUUCUUAAUAAUAACCGUUAGAUCCUUCCAAUCAACGGACCACGUUAAUCCUUAUUAAUUAUGUCCGCGUUGCAUUAUAGCUCCAUUCGUUGUGCAUUAUGGGGUUAAUAUAGUAAAAUUGAUAAAUUGGAACUGCCAUUUUUUUGGGAAUUGCGAAUGUCACGCGAUUUGCAAUCUUCCUCUCUUCAGUUUUCUCCUAUUUGCUCCAGGAGACUCCUCGACUCCCCCCACUCCUUCCCCUCUCUAAACCCUAAUUACAUCCGCCACAUUUCGCUUGCCACAGCCUCCGCCACCAAUUUGCGUCGAUUCCACUCCACGGCGGUUGCAGCUCCCACAAAAUCGACCGGCGUUGACGUGUUUGCACGCCAUAUUCAACAAAUCUCGCAGAUCAAAUAUGCCAAAAAGAGGUCGUCCACGCUCGCAAGCAUCACAGGAAGCAGAUAAGCUGCUUAGAGUAGACAUAGAAGAUGCGGUAGAUGGCAUAAUUCCAGUUGCGCUUGCAACAAAACUCAGACAGAGAUUAGCUGAGAUAGCUCCUGGGACUUCUGGUUGUCAGGAUGAGCCUAGACCAAUUACAGGGCGAAAGCAUGAUCGACUAUACUCCCGUCGAACUCCGUCCGAAUUCAUAGACUGCCUGAAACGGCAGAAUCCCCGACAAAAAAGGGCCGUCACUGAUAUAGGAUUUGGGGCGGUCCUUGAUUUUGUAUUGUCGACGAACCCCUACCGAGAUUCUGAAUUGUAUACAGAGUUUAACUCCAUGAAAGAAAGAAGCCGUCACGGAACUUGUACAUGAGUCUAAGAGUGAAUGCAAUAUUUGUACAUUAUUUAGCUAUUUAUAUGCAUUAUUUAUCAUUUUUAUGCAUCUUUAGAUUGUUGUUGUAUAUGAGUCUAAGAAUGAAUGCAAUAUUUGUAUGUUCAUUACUUGAGUGAUUCUGUACAUUAUUUGGCUAUUUGAAUGCAUUAUUUAUCUA